GCUCUACCAUAGAAAUAAUAAAAUCAAAGAAAACCUUAAUUACCGUCGCCAAAAACACGUACGUAGAUAUCAACAAAAUUAAUUACCUUUAUCAAUUAUGUCUUUCGAAAAUGCCAAGGUUCUAGCUACGGAACCGCUCGCGAAUGGCGAUGCAGUCUGGACCAAACUUGUCAAACUGACGUAUACUGAUUCGAAAAACCAAACGCGUACUUGGGAGUCAGCUGAGCGCACCACGAGGCCGAAGAAGAGUGAAAUCGACGGGGUCGGAAUUGUCGCUAUCUUAGAGAAGCCCACGGGGCCUGAAAUAGUCCUCCAAAAGCAGUACCGUGCGCCUAUUGAUAAGGUCUGUAUCGAGGUUCCCGCUGGCCUUAUUGAUGAAGGAGAGACGGUCGAGGAGGCUGCCAUUCGCGAGUUGAAGGAAGAAACCGGCUAUGUGGCUAAGGUAUCCGAGACGUCGCCUAUGAUGUUCAACGACCCCGGAUUCUGUAACACGAAUCUACGAAUGGUCCACGUCACUGUUGACAUGAGUCUUCCCGAGAAUCAGAAUCUGCAGCCCGAACUAGAAGAAGACGAAUUCAUCGAGGUCUUCCUAGUUCCGCUGACAAAUCUCUACGACGAAUGCAAGAGACUUGAGGCAGAAGGUUACGCCAUCGACGCACGAGUAGGGACCUUCGCUGAGGGAAUCGAGUGUGCCAAGAAAUUCAAGCUAUGAGUUUCUUGGCCGAUUUAUAAGCCUCCGAGGCUUGAUAAUAGGGUUACGAGGACGGAGCGUUCCAGCAUUUAGUGUGUACUUCGCAUAGACUUUCUGUUGUUGUCGAAUACCCUGUUUUGAUAUACCCUUCUCGCAAUUAGUAGGGCGGAAAUAGAUUAGAUAGAUUUUAGAUUGGUUAUUAAUCCGGGAAUAGACUCAUAUAGAGUUAUGAUAUUAGAGCGAUUACGUACCUACCUACCUAGGUACUUAGAUAUAGA